UCCGCUUCCGCCAAUCCAUUAAUUCGUUUUCUUGCAGUCUACGUCAGUUCUUCCAUGGCUGCCAUUGGCCUCGCCAUGUACGGUGGUGUCAACGGCUAUCCCUCCCAAACCACAACGAUCACUAUGGAACAGGAACAGCAGAUUUCACAACUUCCGGAGGAGCAAUACAUAUCCACAUUCUUCUGUCGAGCGCUAUAUGACUACCAGACACAAGAUGCUUCAUCCCUCUCCUUUCACAAGAAUGACAUCAUCGAGGUUCUCACCCAGCUCGAGUCAGGGUGGUGGGAUGGACUCCUUGGAGAUGAACGGGGAUGGUUUCCAUCCAAUUAUGUAGCAGUACUUUCUGAUGAGGAGGCAGAGAUCGCUCUUUCCAACCAUGACACUACAACCCAACAAGGUCCUCUUCAGCAAAUACAUGAAGUGGCGGCUCCUGAUACCCAUUCGAAUGACAUCCACUCCCGGACACAGGACCUCCACUUAUCAGACAGCGAAUGGUCGCGAAAUAAACGUGACCAGUCUGCUCCAUCGAACAGUCUUGUCGAAUCACGCAGUGCUGUGAACCACGGCGCAACUUUGUCAAGCGACUUCUGGAUGCCCCAAGUCACACAGGAUGGUCAGAUUUACUACGUCAAUACCCAAACCGGACAACAUUCGCGGGACUUGCCGCAAGAAGUUGAUGAUGUAUCAGCUGGUGAACUUGCUGGACUGACUGCCUCUUCACCGAGUUCACGAUUAGGCACAAGCGCAGGGUUAGGACUCAGCGCAUUGGCGGAAUCUUCGAUCCCAGGGUUUGGCGUUCUAAAGCGCUCCGGGACGCCUGAGCCUUGGGUGAGACGACUUGCCGAUGAUGGCAUGUCUUACUAUUACUGGAAUAAGCUUACUGGUCAAGUGAGCUGGACAAUUCCGGAGACAGAGGCUGCUGCGCAGAAGGGCAGGAGUCCGCGCUCUCACCACAGUCCGGAUGAGGAUUCGGCACCAACACGAUUUCGAUCUGAUUCAGCGACAUCCCAAACCCGACAUGGGCAAGACAGGAGCCACAGCAAGUCGGAGCUUAUUAGUGAUUCUGAAGAUUCCUGUCUCUACUCUCCAGACCAUGGCGAUUCACCUUCAGCUAGUGGGCGUUCUCAAAGUGGUCAGGACCUAUUUGCGGAUCAACUGGCUCAGAAGCCUUCCGUUGAGCUGACCGCAGCCGAGAAAAUUGCCCAAUCACUCCAGCAAUCAUUAUCACCACCACCCCCUGACCUCAUUUCCGACCUCUCUCAUGUCGCACAUAACGCUAUCUCCGCCGUUGUCCAGAAAAACCAGUCGCUGGUCGGUGUAUCUCGCAGAGUAGAACACGGUCAGGUGCUUGACAGCCUCAUUAGAGCUGUUGUCAUCACCGUCCGUAAUUUACUUUACAUAUCCGCGCCACCUGGUCACAUACCCGGUAAUCUCAUACCGCGCGAUGCCCGUGGACGUCGCGAAACUACUGCAUCACAAACGCUUUUGAAACCAGCCCAACGCAAAGUAACCGCCACGUUAUCCAAGCUCGUUCUUUCCGCUCGAGCAAUGGAGUAUGACUCGGGUCCUGGGGCACAUGAAACGGCAUCGCGUGUUGAAAGUGACGCGGCGGAGCUUGAUCGUGCCAUCGUGACAUUCGUUGUUGAAGUUCAGCGGUGUCAAAAUGAACAACUUGGUGGCGUAGGAGCAAAACGAGUUCAAGGUUGCUUCUCCACAGUCUACCUUGGGCUGGGGCUAGUUGGUGCGGGGUGUGCAGGGACUUGGAAGGGUUUUGGCUGGGUACCACUAGACGAUAAUGACGAAGCCCCUCAGAGAAUUUUAGACAGCGACGUCUUCUCUGAGUUCAAGACGCACAUGGUGUCAAUGCAGGCAAGGUUCGGAACUUUCCACAACACGCUCAAGACUAUCGGAGAUGAGACUCAGCAACGAGUGUGGAUUUCAGGCUGUGAGCUUGUGUCCGGCCUUGCAUCACUCUUGUUAUUCGUUGCCAAUAUCCACAUCGCUCGUCACGUCGACAUUGAUGGUUUCUACUCCGAUAUGGCACAUGCCGAGCGUGCAGCUCAGUAUACUCAAACCGUCGACAAAGCUCGCUUGCUUAUACGCACACUCGAAGCAGUAGUACAAGCUUUGUACGAUGACGCAGCUACACUGCUUCUCACCAUGCAGCGAAUUCGUCAUCUUACCUGCAGAGCCUCACGGCAAGAUCGCGACUUGCAGUGCGAGUACCUAGACGCGAUCUCCGUCUCUCUCAAGUCAAAUCUCCAAUUCCUCAUGCAAACCCUUGAUACACUGCUUUCCCUCGGCCAUGAUCAAGCAGACAUGGCACAAGGGGAAUAUACAGGUGCAAUAGAGUGGCGCAUGUCACGGUUAAGCAUCAUUGACAGCAACUUUGACGCCCGUCCCAUGUCGGUCCUCGACCCCACAGAUCCAGAGAGCGAAGACAUUGUUGAUAUCGAAGUUGCUUUGGGUGCGUCUGGAAUGAAAAAGUCUGCGGCCAUCCUCGGCGACCGAACACCAGCAUUCCGAAGUCAAUCGCAAUUGUCUGACACCACCAUUACCCUUACCGAUCGGUCACUUAGGACGGGAGCUUCAAACUACGACCCUACUAUGUCUGUACACACCCUGGUCCCUUCGACCGACUCGGCUUCAAUCCUUGAUGACGACUCCGCGACCACGAGAACAGCAACGAAGAUCAAAAAAAUCUUUGGUGAUGACGCUCCUGAACAUAUCAUCAGCACCAAACCCUGGUAUCUACGCCCCGACUACACGAAGAAUGACAUGGUCAUCGAUGUGGAUGGAAGCGUGCGAGCAGGAACUGUUCAAGCUUUGGUCGAGCGUCUGACAUCGCAUGACCCUUCAGACCCUACGUUCAUCAAAACGUUCUUGAUGACGUACAAAUCAUUCACCACCCUUGAUGACUUCUUCGACCAUCUCGUCCGUCGCUUCCGCAUCCAAACUCCUGAAGGGCUGAGUCUCACUGAGUCGGAAGAGUGGAGAAAGCUCAAGCAGCACAUUAUUCAGAUGCGUGUCCUAAAUACUCUCAAGGCCAUGGUUUCGGAUGAAGAUUUCCUUGAGAAAGAGGAUAUGUACAUCUUGAAUCGAAUGAAAGAGUUCUUGCAGAACGAGGAUGUUAGUAAGAUUUUAGCUGCGAAGCAGCUACUUUCACUUGUCGAACGUGCACGUGGAGGAGAGGUCAAGAAGGGCUUGACUCCUACUUUAGGCAGUCCACCGGCCUCGAUCUUACCCAAGCCCAACAAGAAGUUAAAACUUUUGGACAUAGACCCCUUGGAGUUGGCACGACAGUUGACAAUUAUGGAGAGUUACUUAUACCAGAAGAUACGGCCAGUGGAAUGUCUGCAGCGUUCGCGGGAGCAAAAGACAGACCACAACGAUAAUAUCGCUCGGGUCAUCCAAACAAGUAAUCGGAUUGCUAACUGGGUGGCUGACUCAGUUCUCACCCACGAGGAUUCCAGGAAGCGUUCUGCUAUUUUGAAGCAGUUCAUAAGCGUGGCCGACCGAUGUCGCUCGAUGCACAAUUACUCGAGCAUGGUUGCUAUAGUAUCUGGGCUGAACUCGCCCCCUAUAAGGCGUCUCAAGCGCUCAUGGGAGCAAGUGAAUGCGCGACAUAUGGCUCAACUUGGCACUUGCGAGAUGACCAUCGAUUCAGGCAAGAACUUCAAUAACUAUCGUUCGACGCUCGCAAAGGUAUCUCCCCCUUGUGUGCCUUUCAUUGGCGUCUUCCUUACUACACUGACCUUCAUCCAAGAUGGAAGCAAGGACACUCUUCCAGGUAACUUGGUGAACUUCCGAAAACGACAGAAAGCUUCGGAGGUGAUCCAAGAUAUCCAGCGCUGGCAAACAUUCCCGCAUAAUUUCAAUCCUAUUACGAGCGUGCAAACUUACCUUGAGGAAUCACUUGCUAAGUUCAGCGAGCAAGUUGAUGUAGGCGAUUACUUUUGGAACCUCAGUCUGGAACGCGAACCUCGCGAGAGAGAAGAUGAGAAGAUGGCUCGACUGCUGCAAGAAAGCGGGUUUUUAUAAAUGGAGACUUGAAUAUGUGUUUUAUCUUCGUACAGUUGUAGAAAUACAACGUGCUUCUAAUGCAUGUACUUAUUGAUGAUCUAUAUCCAGCUCUCUUCGUUAUGCAUGAAU